UAUUCCUUUCGAAAAUCAAAUCAGAAUACACAAUUGCGAAAAUCGAAUUGGCGCAAUGUUAAACGUGCCUUCAAAUUUCGCUGAGGUUAAGAAGAAGAAAGCGGUAUUUCAUGGGAUUCAAAGCUGGGAAGAACCUACUCUCACUGAGUGGCGACCGGAUAAUUAUCGUCUAAUGUGUGCUAAUCUUGGGAAUGAGGUGACUGAUGAUGUCCUAUCAAAAGCCUUUUCAAGGUUUCCAACAUUUAAUAUGGCUAAGGUUGUGAGAGACAAGCGGACUGGUAAGACCAAGGGAUAUGGAUUUGUGAGUUUUUCCAACCCGUUAGACCAAGCUGCGGCACUUGAAGAAAUGCAUGGGAAGUAUGUUGGAAACCGGCCGAUUCAACUUCGCAAGAGUAACUAGCAAGCCAUGGAUUGGUGGAUUGGGAAAAACUAGUUGUUUUGGAAACUUGGGUUUUACAAGAUAUCUGAAGUUGCAUACGUUCAUUAAUGUGUCAGUAAAUAUCUAACCUAGUGUGGGUUUACUGAGGAUGAUUAAAGUUUUAAUCUUAGUUGUGGUCCCUUUGCUUC